AUGGAUCUGCUCCAGAAGCUCUCCUCGGCAAUCGGCAUCCCGGAGAAGAUCGGCGGCGCGAUUCUCGACAAGCUCUGGUCCAGGGGGGCCCGCCUGCUGGACGUCGAGGAGGAGGCCCAGAAGCUCCGGCACGCCAAGGAUCACAUACGCGCGGUGCUCAACGACGCCGAGCAGCGCCGAUUCAUCGUUGACGACCAUGUCAAGCUCUGGCUCCAGGAGCUCAGGGCCACCGCAUUCGACGUCGACACCCUGCUGGACCGCCUGAACACCAUCACAGCCGUGUCCAGGCUGGGUGCUGCGGAGCCGUCGCGGAAGCGGAAGCGGCUCUGGCCCAACAUCGAGCUCGGCCUGCGGCAGCGCUGGGAGCUAGAUGCCUGGAUCUCCAAAAUCAAUGAGCGCCUCGAGGAGAUCCACAAGUUGAAGAAAAGUUUCCGGUUGCAGGCCGGGGACGGAAGGAGGACGGCUCAGCCGAUGCAGGAGAGCCGAAGGUUUGUUGAAGCUGCUUCACAUCUCGACGAGAGACCCAUAGGCCGUGCCGCGGAGAAGGAGAAGAUCAUCCGUGCUCUGCUCGCUGACAGUGGCAUGGACCUUCCUGUGAUUUCCAUCUGGGGCACUGCAGGGAUCGGGAAGACAGCGCUGGCGCGGUUGGUCUAUGGUGAUCAGGAGGUACAGAACUUCUUUGCUGAAAAGAUUUGGGUUUGGUUACCAGAUAGGUGUGAUGUGAGGAGAGCCACCAAGAUGAUAAUAGAAGCCGUGACCAGGCAAAAAUGUGACCUUCUAAGCUUGGACAUAUUGCAACAAAAAUUGCGGGAGCAUCUGAGCCAAAGGCGGUUCUUGCUGGUGAUCGAUAACCUUUGGGCUGAGGGCUUUCAGUUCUGGGAAUCUCUGAGGCCCUCUUUUGCAGGAGAGAAAGGAAGCAAAAUUUUGAUCACUACUCAAAGUGAAAUGGUUUCGAGGAUGGCAUCCAAUAUUCUUAACAUCAAUUUGAAGGGUUUGGGAAUUGAUGCGUGCUCUCAGAUCCUUAGAGUCUAUGCUUUCUCAGGGAUAAUUAGCAGAGAUCAGCAUGAUUUGGAGCUGCUUGUGAAGAGGAUUGCCGAAAAAUGCCUUGGCUCUCCAUUAGCAGCCAAGUCUAUUGGGGUGCUUUUGUCUGGCACUAAUGGACAGAUAGAACAGUGGGAAAGCAUUCUAAGUGAUAUGCAGUUUCUUGAACAUGACAGAAACACAGAUACUAUUGUGGCAACUUUGCAAAUAAGUUAUCAACACUUGCCAUACCAUCUCAAACAGUGUUUUGCCUUUUGUUCAAUGUUUCCUGUUGGUUAUGAAUUUGAGAAGGAUGAGGUGGUCCAACUGUGGAUUGCUGAUGGUCUUGUUAACAGCAAUGGUAGGAGACCAGUUGAGAUGGUAGCAGGCAGGUGCUUUGAUGAGCUCCUAGGGAGGUCGUUCUUUGAAACUUCCAACAGCUUCCCUACUCCAAAGUUCAGAGUGCCAGCUUUGAUGCAUGAGCAAGCACGGUUUGUUUCUAAACAUGAAGCUCUGAUAUUUGAUCCUGAUAACUCACACAUUGCUGACCAUCCUGAGUGGAUUCGUUAUGUAACUGUCACGUGCCCAAAAGAUGAGCCUCUUGUAUUUGACAGCAUUCAGCACUAUGAAAAUAUGAGGCUCUUGAAGAUAUGCCCUGCAAUGAAACUUCCCUCAAAGCAGGUUCCAUCAGCACUAUUCUCAAAGUCAACUUGUCUACGUGCUCUUGAUCUGAGUUAUACUGAGCUACAUGUCUUGCCAGAUUCUAUUGGGUCAUCAAUACACCUCAGAUACCUCAGCCUUCGGAAUACUUUGAUAGAGGCUCUUCCAGAAACAAUUUGCAACCUAUUCAAUCUGCAGACACUCGACCUUGGGGACUGCUACCGGCUUAUGGAUUUACCUGAAGGUAUGAGCCGCUUAGUUAACAUGAGGCACCUCUGUUUACAUCUUCAUUGGGAUAGAGUUACUGCUUUUAGAUCAAUGCCAAGUGGCAUUGACAAGUUGCAGUCACUUCGGACUCUUUCAAGAUUUGUUGUAGCCGCCCGAGAUGGAGCAAAGUGUAACCUCAAUGAGUUGAAAAACUUGAACAUCCGUGGAGAGCUCUGCAUUCUUAAAUUGGAAGCUGCCACUCAUGAUGUUGCCAUGGAGGCCAAUUUGAGUGGAAAGGAGCAUCUGCACAAACUGAUGCUGAGAUGGAGUGCUGACACCUGCACACAGCAGGUAUACAUAGAGGAGAGUGAGAGAGUCAUUGAGGCACUCUGUCCACAUACUGGAGUGAAGCAUCUUCGAAUUGAUAAUUACCCUGGAAGAAGACUUCCUUCUUGGGUGGAGAAGCUCUCGUCUCUGGAGUCACUGGAGAUAAUUUCUUGCCCCAGGCUCACUCGAAUUUCCAUUGAGACAAUAUUGCAGCCACAAAUAAAUGUCAGGAUUCAAUAA